AUGCGUUCCACUAUAGAAUUUGAGGAGUGUCUCAAGGAUUCACCGCGUUUUAGACAAUUCAUUUCCAAAGAAGAAACUGAUAUUGAACACUUGGAGCAGCGACUUGAGAAAAUAAUCAAACUAUGCACUGUUGCUGUGGACUCGGGCAAAGAGUAUGUCAAGAAUCAGAGCGCCUUCGCUAUGUCCUUAUGGGAUUUGCAGCAACAUUUUGCCGAUAAUAAGAAUGCGCACAAUGCUUUGGGCAAACUGAUACACUGUUUUCAGGAAAUGAACAAGUUUCAUACCAUUUUAUUGGAUCAAGCGAGUCGCACGGUUUUAAAGAAUCUAAAAGUAUUCGUUAAGGACGAUAUCAAUCAAGUUAAAGACUAUAAAGGACAUUUCCUCAAGGUAUCGGAGGGAUAUGAUAAUGCGCUCAUGAAAAAUGCACAGGCAAGCAAAAACCGGCCACAAGAAGUAUCAGAGGCAGCUAAUAUAUUAUCAGCUAGUAAAUCAUGCUUUCAACAUACCGCAUUAGACUAUGUUAAUUAUAUAACUUUAGUACAAUCGCGUAAGGUUCCAUCGAUUUUAUCAACGCUCGUCGAUUAUUAUCAGGCUUGCGUUACCUACUAUCAUCAAGGUUUCGAUUUAUGCAACGAUUUUGAUGAGUUCUUUAAGAAUAUAACGGAAGAUUUGAAUUGUUUACGUGGUGACUAUCAAAAAUUGGAAAAGGCCAUGCAAAAUCGUCAUAUGAGUGUUAAUAAUUUUUGUGAUACAAAUACGAAUAGUACUUCGAAUAAGAUUGAAGGUUAUUUAUUUAAGAAGAAAUCGAAAGGAUUUAAAACAUGGUGCCGUCGUUGGUUCUAUUUAAGCAACAAUCAGCUAGUCUAUAGUGAUUUGGAUUCGAAUUGCAGAAAACGCAGUAAUGAGGAUUCAUUCUCCGUUAUGGAGGAGGAUUUGCGCAUUUGUACAGUGCGUCCCGUCAACGAUGGUGAUCGACGCUUUUGCUUCGAAGUUAUAUCGCCCACAAAAUCGCAUAUCUUGCAAGCAGACUCCGCUGAUAUGCUCUCACUGUGGAUUUCGGCAUUGCAAAAGAGUAUUGGUGCUGCCAUACAGCACGACAGUCAGCAUUCCAGGCCACAGUCGUCGCUGGCGACGAAUGCCCUCAAUGCGAAAAGGAAAAUCCAUUGGGAGGAAUUCUUGAAAAUUCCCGGCAAUUCACAAUGCUGCGACUGUCGCGGCUCAGAUCCGCGUUGGGCUUCCAUAAAUCUCGGCAUAACGCUGUGCAUCGAAUGCUCUGGCGUGCAUCGUAGCUUGGGUGUACACUACAGUAAAGUGCGUUCGCUGACACUCGACGCCUGGGAGGCAGAGAAUGUGAAAGUGAUGAUGGAAUUGGGCAAUAAUGUUGUGAAUCGCAUCUAUGAAGCGCGUAUUGGUGAAAAUUGCGAAUUGAAGGCGGCCACCGAGAAUUGCGAGAGCAGUGUACGUGAGGCGUGGAUCAAGGCAAAAUAUGUGGAAAAACGUUUCGUUUGCGCCAUGCCGAAACCGCAGGAGCUACUCUCCAGCGAAACUGCUGAAGUGCUGUCCAUAGACAGUGGAGGUGGAGGUGCUGGUGGUGGUAUUGGUGUUGGUGGCGUCGGUUGUGGUGGUGAUGCUGAAGAAUCACGUAGUCUAAGUAAGACAACAACACUAUCAUUAGGCGCACGCAAAUGGGCGGUGAAAAAAUACCGUCGUCGCCGACAUCGUGAUAGACAUCGUUCCAGUUCCAAGUCAGACGAUGAUGACGAAUCCAUAAAUCUUCCCUCGCUCUCGUUGAGUAUAUCACGUGAGGAUUUGCUGCUGAUUGGUGAUGAUUUGGCGCUGGAAUCGGAUGAAACGCCCGCCAUAUUGGGUUCGGAUCAAGAGUCAACCGAUGGGGAAAUCGAACCGGAGAUAUUAGAUGAGGUGCCCUUUUCAAAACUAGAUGCGAAUCUCAUGUUGUACAAAGCCGCUGCGGUACAUAAUUUACCUGUUAUGUGCAUGGCGUAUGCGUUGGGUGUCAAUAAGCAUUGGAAGAAUCCAAAUGAUCACAAUCGCACUUAUUUGCAUCAGGCGGUGUUGUCGGGCUCCGUUAUGGCUUGUGAGUACUUAUUAUUGAAUGGUGUGCCUAUCGAUGCGGCUGACGAUAAUGGCGAGACUGCUUUACACAUGUCCACCGCCAAGGGCUCCAUAGCGCAGGUGUAUUUGCUGCUCAAACACAAAGCCAAAUAUGACACGGAAUCGAAUGAUGGCAAGAACCCGCUAAAAAUAGCGGUUGAGCAAUGUAAUGCGGACAUUGUGACGCUUUUGCGUCUGACGCAGCUAAACGACGAAAUCGGCAUGAAUGACGAAGGUAAUGGUGAAGAUGAAACGUAUAAGGAUGUUAUGAAGGACUUUUCCAAUUUUGCGUCAAAUCUACCACGCAUGCUGCGCAAUCGCAACGAUGCAAAUACACUCGAAUCACAGCGUUCUUCCCUCACCAACUCGGAUUAAAUAGGCCGUGUAACAAAUAUUAAUUAAUUAAAAUCAUAGUAAAUGCAAUCGUACACGACAUCAAGCACACAAAUAUUCUUAAUAGUAAAGAAAUUGAAAUAAUUUAUAAAAAAAAAUCAACCGCUUUUGGUGUAAACACGUGCUAAAACAAAAACAAAAAAAAAACGAAAAAUUUCAUAUAUAUAAACAAAAAUUAAAAUUUACUGAACUUACCAAUAAAGAAUAUUGACUGUCUAAAUAAUGGAGGGCUUGUGCUUGUCUCCUGUUGAGCACAAUAUACAUACAUAUACAUAUAUAUUAAAGUAUUUUGAAUAUUUGUACCUACUAUAUUACAUAUACAUAUAUAUACAAGACAUAUUUAGCACAUAUUCGUAUGUAUUUGAACGCAUGAUCUUACAACAUUAUCAUACAAAGUGCUCUAGUUAAAAAAACAGAAGAAAAAAAAACCUAACAAAAAAGCUGUAAAAAAUAACUGAGGAUAUUAAAUGAUGAGUUAAAUAUGAA